AAGUUGCAUCUUACAAAUGGGAAAUGAAUGCAGGUGGCAAUGCGCUUUAUGUAAUUCGUUUACGAUUACUUUUUAACUUGUUCACGUUUCAUUCUAUACGUAAAGGCGAAUUAUAUCUAUAUCGCCAAUGAUUUUCUUUUCGUGGCAAAUUUUGGGAAAAAGUAUAAUUUUUAGUAUUCACAAGUUUUAGUUUUGUUUAACAACUAACGUAGAGAUCGCAAUUUGAAAUAUCUGCUUGUUUGUCUGGUCUAUCCAUUGGUAUAACAUAACCAAACUAGAGACACUAUCCACUCUUAUAUGUUUAUUUUAUUUUUGUAAGCGGAUUUUGACGAAAAGUCGACAAAAAUAAAGUUCCAUAACAAAAAAAACAAAAAACUGCUCCAGUCAUCAUUGCAAAUUUGAGGUUGCGCACGGCAUCUAAGAGUCUAUGUAACUGAACAGUUUGUCAGUAAUAUUGAAAAGUAACAUAAGCUUGCCCCCUAAUCAACUGGCAAUGGCCUAGAUUUGGUGUCGAUAUAGUAUUGUAGGAGGGGGGAGGGGGGUGGUGGUGAAAAAUGUCGCUGCUUACAUAUAUUAACGUCACAAAAAACAUGUUGUAUUUGUUUCUUUUCUGAUGUAUUUAUUUGCUGUAUAUAAUGAAGGUGUUGUAGAAAUUGAAUAAACUCGUCAACAAAUUAAAUAUCUGUUUUUCUUACUAUUCUAAAAGUGUUCCUAAAAUUUUUAGUGAAUUUCCGCUAGAGAAAUAAUGUUGGUAUCACAUUUCAAAAUAGAAUUGAUUUUGGAAGCAAUGGAACUGCUGUGACUGUUGAAGUUAUAGAAAGUAAAACAAAAACACUAAUCAACCACAAUAAUACCUACAUUAAUAGAUCAACGCGUUUCAACAGCAAAGCUGUCAUGAUUAGCGCACAACUCCCCCUAAUUUUAAGUUAUUUGUUGUUAUCUAUCACUACUCGUAUUUACAAAAAUUCUUACGUUAUAAUAACGCUUGAUUGGAUACUUAUAGCUAAGGCCGGCAAUAUCAAUGUUUUGCCGUUUCUCCAAUCAAUCAAUCAAUCAAUACUUUAUUAUCAAUAAAUAGUAGAACUAUAUAAGAUUCGUCAAAGUGAAAACAACAAACUACAAUUACAUAGAAAGACAAACAAAACAAAUUAAAAUAUAUUAAACCUGAAUAUCACAGAUCAAUGGACUGGGAUUGAAGAAACUCGUUCACUGAAUAGAAGGCAUUUGCUUUUAGAUAAUUGCUAAUAACAUUUUUUAGCUGAGUUAUUGGUAAUGAUCGAUAUUUCAAAGGUAUUUUGUUGUAAAAUUUACUCCCAUAGUAAUUAAUGCAAUUUAGUGAAGUAGUUAGACGAACUUGAUUUGUGCGUAAAUUACCGAUACUUCUCGUUACAUAUCGAUGAGUAAAAUCACUAGACUGAUAAGACGAAAUAUUGUCAAUAACAUGUAAAAUGCAAUUUAAAAUAUAAAUACAUGGCAAAGUUAAGAUACCGAGAUCAAUGAAUUUGUACCUACAGCAAGCUCUAUAAUUAAGGUUAGAUAUUAUUCGGAUGGCACGUCUUUGAAUUGAAAAUAUUCUUUUCAUUCCUGCCGAAUGCCCCCACGUUAUAAUCGCAUAACUCAUAAUAGAAUGAAAGCAUCCAUAAUAUGCACUGAUUACUACAUCAGUUGAUACUGUAGAUUUCAAACAACGUAGCAAAUAACAUGCUUUUGAUAGCUUGAUUGAUAAGUGGUUACAAUGGGCAAGCCAAUUCAAUUUGGGAUCAAUAUAAUUAGUAACAUUUAAAGACCGAUUUUAUCACACAGUUUUAUGAACCAACCUGUUCUUGUGGUACUCUCGAGGGUACUCUAAUAUAAACGAAUACUCAAAGUUUACGUUUUUCGGCAUUCAAAAGCAUGCUGAUAAGACAAUUUUGUACAAUUGUCGUCACGUCGUAACGGAGGUUUAAUCUUAUCAUUCCAACUUAGAUAUUUCCAGAAGCAAUGUGUGGAUUUAAGUAGUACCUAUAGUCUUUAGGAAGAUUUGAUAGCUUCUACUGUUCUAGAAAUGCCAACUUUAGACGUACCCAGCGCAGAUGUUUCUCACAACGCUUUUUAUUCUAAGUAUAAGUCAGGAUGGUGGGAUUUAAAUUCAGUGAUGAGGCCCCUAAUACAGUUAAAUCAACUGGACUUGGAAUACAUUAAAGGAGUCUUAAUUGAAAAAGAUAUAGUCAAAGGAUACGAAGGCUUCCAGUUUCGCGACAAACUGCGUAUCUUAGAUGUGGGUUGCGGAGGGGGUCAUUUAACCGAAUGCCUGGCAAGAGCGGGAGGUGAUGUUUACGGAAUCGAUGUUAACAGCGAUAUACUAGAAGCGGCCAAAGACCAUCUUUCAUUAGACCCUUGUUUGAAGAAUGUUAUUUACCAAUGGGAUAGUAUUGAAAAUCAUUGCGUAAGAAACGCGGAGAAGUACGACAUCGUUAUAGCAAAUAAUGUGCUGCAUCACGUUAAAAAUCAUGAUGUAUUCGUAAAGAGCUGCGUGAAAGCAGUUAAACCCGGAGGUCUUUUAUUUUUCAGCAGUGUCAGUAAAACCUUCGAGUCAUGGUUGAGGAUGAUAGUAGUCGGCCAAACAAUUACCCGAACUUUUCCUUACGACACUUUUCAUUGGGAUAAAUUUGUAAAUGAUUUGGAUGUUGAAAAAAUGUUACAGGAAGCCGGGUGUAAAACUGAAGGAAGUAGAGGAAUAUACUAUGAUAUAUUUUCGGCAUAUUGGAGAUGGAAUAAUAACACAAAUACAAUGUAUAUCAUGCAUGCGACUAAACCUACUUAGUACCUAAGUUUAGUUUAUUUAUGUUGGAAAAUUAACGCUUCUAAUAAAAUAUACGUGUGACAAAGAAA